CUUCCAAGAGAAUGAAAGCAAGGUUGCAGCCUAUGUCUUCGGUGGAUGACACUAAUGUGCAUGGUAGGGAAAAAGAGAAGGCGGAAAUACUUGAAUUGCUCUCGAACAACAAUGGGAAUGAGAAUGAAGCUUCUUUGAUUCACAUCGUUGGCAUUGGUGGGAUUGGCAAGACAACUCUUGCUCAACUUGUCUAUAAUGAUAAUAGCAUAAACCAGUCUUUUGAUUACAAGGCUUGGAUAUGCGUGUCUAAAGAUUUUGAUACCUUUUUGGUAACAAAGACAAUUCUACAGUCAAUCACUGAUGAGUAUUGUAUCGUUCCCUCUCUAGAUACUUUUCAAGUUAUGUUGCAGGAGAAGUUGUUUGGGAAAAGAUUUUUGCUCGUCCUGGACAAUGUUUGGAGUGAGAAUUACGAUGAUUUGACCAUCCUUUUAAAGCCCUUUGGAGUUGGAACCAAAAUUAUAGUGACAACACGGAGUUGCAAGGUUUCUUCUGUUGUGAGCACUGUUGAAGCUUACCCAUUGCUGCAGUUAUCAGAGAAAGAUUGUCUCUCUGUAUUUACUCACUGUGCAUUACAAGCAAGUAAUUUUAGUGGGCAUCCAGAAUUAGAAAAAGUUGGGGAAAGCAUAGUGAAAAAGUGCAAUGGCUUACCUUUGGCAGCUAAAGCCAUUGGUGGCUUACUAUGCACUCAGGUGGAUCAUGGAGUAUGGAAAGAUAUAUCAGAGAGUGAGAUAUGGGAUUUGCCAGAAGAGCAAUGUGGUGUGAUUCCUGCUCUAUUAUUGAGCUAUAAGUAUCUUCCUCCAUAUUUAAAGAGAUGCUUUGCGUACUGCUCUUUGCUGCCUAAGGAUUAUGAAUUUGAGGAAGAGGAGCUAAUUUUGUUAUGGAAAGCAGAAGGUUUUCUACAAGAAGCAAACUCGAAAACUCAAAUGGAAGGUCUAGGUAGCCAAUACUUUCAAGAUCUGGUAUCAAGGUCAUUUAUCCAAACUUCUAGUAGGGAUAAAUCUCGGUUUGUAAUGCAUGACCUAAUCAAUGAUCUAGCUCAAUUUGUUGCAGGGGAAAUAUGCUUCAGAUUGGAGGGUAAUAAACAACCGAAAAUAUCAGAGGGCAUUAGACAUGCUUCUUAUGUUCGUGGCUUGUAUGAUGGAGUGAAAAAGUUUGAAGCCUUCAAUCAAAUGAAAUGUUUGCGAACCUUUCUACCAUUUAUGUUGCCAACUUAUGGGGAAUGUUUUCUUACCAACACUGUCCUUGUUGACUUAUUACCCAAACUUCGAUGCCUAAGGGUGCUUUCAUUGAAAGGGUAUUGCAUCACUCAGUUACCAAACCUUUUUGAGAAUUUGAUACAUCUACGCUACCUAGAUUUCUCUUACACUGCAAUUAAAAGUCUACCAGAUUCAAUAUGCAGCCUUUACAAUUUAGAAACCUUACAAUUGAGGAAGUGUUUUUUAGAAAAGUUACCGUCAGAUAUAGAACUUCUAGUCAACUUGAAUCAUCUUGAUAUCACUGGUUCAAAAUCGAUGAAAAGAAUGCCCUUUGGAAUUGGUAAACUGAUCAAUCUUCAGAGGCUUUCUAAUUUUGUUUUGGGAGAAGGUGAUGGGCAUCAGAUGCAAGAGAUAAAGUCAUUGCAUCUCAAGGGUGAUCUUUCUCUUUCAGGAUUGGAGAACAUUGUCAAAGCUCAGGAUGCAUGGGAAGCUAGGUUAAUCGACAAGUCAGGCCUUGAUGGAUUACAGCUAAUGUGGAGUACCAAUUUUAAUCAUUAUAUAAGAAACAAAGCAGUUGAAGAAGAGGUAUUGAACAUGCUUGAACCUCACAGAAAGCUUAAAAGGCUCAUCAUUGAGAAUUAUGGUGGUACAAAUUUCCCAAAAUGGAUAGCAGAUUCUUCUUUGAAAUACUUGUUGUCUUUGAAUCUCAACAACUGUAAAAAUUGCAAAUUACUGCCAUCAAUUGGAAAUCUACCACUGCUGAAAGAUCUUUCUAUCAGGGGAAUGCAUGAUGUGAGUAAGGUUGGCAUUGAGUUCUAUGGAGAGAAUCAAUCAAACGCAUUUGCACCAUUGGAGCGAUUAUGCUUUGAGGAUAUGCCAAAAUGGAAGGAGUGGGACUUGGAUGAAGUUGGUGAGCAACUAGCAAAAUUUCCCUGCCUACGUGAGUUUUGUAUCGUCAACUGUCCUCAAUUGUUGGGAAGGUUACCGAACUCUCUUUAUUCCUUAGAGACACUUGUAAUUCGUAGGUGUUCAGAACUGGUGGUUUCAGUUUCAAACCUUCCAAUGCUGUAUGACUUAGAAAUAGAUGGGUGUGCAGAGUUGGUGCUUAGAGACUAUGCAGACUUUCCCUCCUUGAGAAGAGUCUCUCUUUCAAAUAUUUUAAAACUUUGCACCCUGACAGAGAGGCUUGUGUCAAGAUUAAAAAGCCUGGAACAUCUGAAGAUUAAUGGUUGUAAGGAGAUGACAUCCUCGUCAUGGAAGCAAUUGGGAUCAGUUGAGCAUUUGAGUACUCUCCGUGGUCUGGAAAUUUGGAGUUUUCCACAACUUGUCUUAUUAGAGCCAGAGGAGGUAGAGGAAGAGCAGUUGCAACUGAGGAAGCCUUGCAAUAUUGAAUCUUUGACAAUAGGGAGAUGUGAAAGGCUUGAGAGGCUACCGGAAGACUUGCAUUUCCUCACAUUUCUUACUGGGGUGCGGAUUGAGGAGUGCCCAUGCAUAGUAUCUUUUUCAAAGAAUAACUGGCCCCCAGCUUUAAAAUGGUUAGUGAUUAAGAGUUGCGUGAACUUGCAGUGUAUGGUGGAUGCUGGAGAGUAUACCGGCUUCAGUAACACAUGUCUUCUUCAGCACUUGGAAAUUAUACGAUGUCCAUCACUAAUACGUUUAUCAUUACCCAUUAGGCUUCAAAUUCUCAAAAUCUCAAGGUGCACAAAGUUGGCUUCCUUAUCCUCUAGUGGCGAGUUACCCACAGGGCUUAAACAGCUAUUGAUUGUUGACUGCACAAAGCUGGAAUACAUUGUGCAAGCAAUUCAUGAAAACUCUUGUCUUGAACAUCUUCGUAUUUGGGGGUGUAAAAACAUUAAAUUUUUACCUCGAGGAUUAAACAAGCUCAACCAUGUUCAGAAGAUUGAAUUAUGGCGGUGUGAAAAUCUGGUUUCCUUGACAGAAAGUGGGUUGCCUGCCGCCAACCUCACAGUACUUCGGAUUGGUGAGUGUCAUAUAUUAGAAGCACUGCCCAAUAUGCAGAACCUCAGCGCUCUUAAGGAAUUGAUGCUGCAGAAUUGCUCACCUCUCAUGUCCUUUCUAGAAGAGGGCUUUCCUACCAACCUAACAUCACUUUCAAUCUCGGUACCUCAACUUUGCAGCUCACUACUUAAAUGGGGAUUGCAUAAACUCACCUCUCUUAAAGAUCUCUAUAUUAAUGGUGAAGAAUGUCCAGAUGUGGUGUCAUUUCCAUUAGAGGGGAGAGGAACUAAGUUGCCUCCUUCUCUCACUAGUAUUACCAUGAAAAAUUUUGAAAAGCUGAGAUGCUUAUCCUCCAAGGGGUUUCAAAACCUCACCUCUCUUCAGGAAUUGUGGAUAUUUGAUUGCCCUAACCUCACAUCUCUCCCGGAAAAAGAUGUGCUUCUUUCGCUUUCGAAAUUAUAUAUGUGGAACUGUCCAUUGCUAACAUAUCAGUGCAUAUGGCCUCAAGGACGAGAGUGGUUGAAGAUAUCCCACAUACCUGAAGUUCUAGUUGAUCAUCAAAGCAUCAUUCCAAAGGCAAGUUGGACAAUCCAGCCCUGAUUUCCUCAUGCUC